AGAAGAAGAAGAUUCUGGGAGCGACAACGGUAUCUAGCUAAAGCUAGUACACACCGAUAAGUGUCCUUCGCCCACUAUUUCCCGCAGUUCUGUUAACAAUGGCAUGUGUUCGGCAGGCGGGGGCGGAGGACACUGUUUACCGAUGUUGCUAGCAAAGAGGGAAAAACUAAUAACUUUUAUUUCCCUUUUGACCCAACAGGGGGGAUUUCAGCCACACCCGUUUCUCACAGGUGUAUAAAAUAGAGCACACAUGCAAUCUCCCCAACCAAACAUUGGCCUUACUGAAGAGCUCAGUGACUUUCAAUGUGGCACCGUCAUAGGAUACCACCUUUCUAACAAGUCAGUUUGUAAAAUUUCUGCCCCGGUCAACUGUAAGUGCUGUUGUGGUGAAGUGGAAAAAUAUAGGAGCAACAACGGUAGGCCACAAGCUCACAACAGGACCAGUAUGCUACACAAUCUCACAGAACAGGACCGAUUAGUGCAGGACGCACGUAGUGUGUAAAAAUCGUCGGCCCUCGGUUGCAACACUCACUACCGAGUUCCAAACUGCCUCUAGAAGCAACGUCAACACAAUAACUGUUAGUUGGGAGCUUAAUGAAAUGGGUUUAUAUGUCAGAUUAACCGCACAUGAGCCUAAAAUCACCAUGAGCAAUGCCUAGCGUUGUCUGGAGUGGUGUAAAGCGCGCCGCCAUUGGACUGGAGCAGUGAAAACGCGUUCUCUGGAGUGAUGAAUAAUGCUUCACCAUCUGGCAGUCCGAUGGACAAAUCUUGGUUUGGUGGAUGCCAGGAGAACGCUACCUGCCCGGAUGGAUAGUGCCAACUUUAACAUUUGGUAAAAGAGGAAUAAUGGUCUCGGGCUGUUUUUCAUGGUUCGGGCUAGGCCUCUUUGUUCCAGUGAAGGGCAAUCUUAACAUUACAUCAUACUUUCUAGACGAUUCUGUGCUUCCAACUUUGUGGCAAUAGUUCAAGCUCAGCAUGACAAUGCCCCUGUGUACAAAGCGAGGUCCAUACUGAAAUGGUUUGUCGAGAACGGUGUGGAAGAACUUGACUGCCCUGCACAGAGCCCUGACCUCAACCCCAUCUAACACCUUCGGGAUAAAUUGGAACACAGACUGCGAGCCAGGCCUAAUCGCCCAACAUCCGUGCCCAACCUCACUAAUGCUCUUGUGGCUGAAUGGAAGCAAGUCCCCGCAGAAAUGUUUCAACAGAUUCUAGUUGAAAUUCUUCUCAGAAGAGUGGAGGCUGUUAUAGCAGAAAAGGGGGGACCAACUCCAUAUUAAUGCCCAUGAUUUUGGAAUGAGAUGUUUGACGAGCAGGUAUCCACAUACUUUUGGUCAUGUAGUGUAGUUUUAUUUACAAGUUGAACUAGCUAGCUACACUACAAUUAAAUCCGCUCUCUUGACCAUAGUUUCUUGUCUGGAUACGGGUGGAACUAAAAAUAGGGACUUGAAGUACAUCGGACAUAAACAACAAGCACACAUUUAACGCGUACAUUUGUUUACAAAAUGAGUGAAAGAAGCACCGAUUUCUUUUGAGAUAUUUUAAAUGACAAUUGUUAUUUGAAAUGUCUGAGCUGGCAUUGGAUGAAAUGUCCGUUUUAUCAGCAAUAUACUGUGAAAAGGACGAAUUUGAGCUACUUGAGAAAUCAGCAGAAAAGGGACUUGUAUUCCGCAUCCAGAUGGAGGUGGAAGCAGCCCCCAGUGAGAGAACUCUUUUGAGUCUCCUCUUCCAGCUGCCAACAGAGUACCCCCACUGUGUCCCAAAAAUAAGUGUCAGCUCUAAACAGCUCUCCAGGAAACAAUGCCAACACAUCAAGCAGAGUCUGCUGGAAAAGGCCUCCGCACUGGAGCCAGACCCCAUGGUUCAUGAACUACUGCUGUGGCUCCAACAGAACUUCAUUGAACUUACUUUAAAUGACCAGUCCCUGGUGGAGGUGCAAGAGGAGGGUGGUGAGGAGGAGACGUGGAUAGCUCUUUUUCUAAUAGACCAUAUGAGGUCCAAAACAAAAUAUAUAAAGGCAAUUGAAAAGUGGAGCACGGAUUUGGGGCUCACCGGAAGGCUGUUCUUGGGGAAGUUGAUAUUGGUCCUACUGCAAGGCGCAAGGAGGAGUAUCAAGGAAUACAUCCAUCUCCAGAGAACUGUGAAAGUAGAUGUGGAUUCAUCAGGAAAGAGAUGCAAAGAGAAGAUGAUGAGAGUUCUUUGUGAAACCCAAGUCUCAGACCUCAAACGGAUCUCAUCUUUUGAAAUCAAAGAGUUUUUGUCCCUCGAGGAGCUACAAAGGGAGUUUGAGCAAGUUGGACUAUUGAAACUGUACCAAGAGUUUGUGGCCACAUUGCCGUAGCCAUCAUGGCUUUUGUCAAGUCAUGCUUUUCCAGACUGGUGCAGAUUAUGUGAACUUUAUACUUUCCAUAUGACAGUCAACGGAAGGACUAAUCUAAACAUCUGAUUAACAUUCAGUUAUGGGUUACAUUUGUGCAUUGAACAUGUAAAAGGUAUUCAAAAGGUUUUUCUACCAUCCACAUGAUGGCAGCAAAGUCUACCAUUUGAAUCAAAGAUUUGUAAAGUUGUUAGUUUAUUCAAAUCUUUUUUUUUUAAUUGUCACACACUGGAUAGGUGCUUUGAAAUGUGUUGUUAUACAGGGUCGGCCAUAGUUGCAUGGCACCCCUGGAGCAAAUUACUGUGAAGUGCUUUGCUCAACAGCACGUCGAUAGGUUUUUCACCUUGCCAGCUCAGGUAUCCACUUAGGCUCUUCCCUAGUUGAAAAGUUGUGCCUUGCUUUCUACUCCUGACAGAUUUGUUCCUCCUUCUUGUACCUCUUCAUCAGAUGAAAUACAUGAAGGUUAAGGUCAUAUAGAAAAACUUAUAUAAAGUGGUCCACAAAACUCUGAUGUUACAUGAAAGUUGCAUCAUAGGACUUACGUUCGGAUUGCGUCUAGGAUGUUGUAUACAGAUGCGUAUCGUUCUGAUGCCUAGCGUCUGAUGCCUAGUUUUAUUUUUAAUACAUUUUAGAAUAAGUCUGUAACGUAACAAAAUGUGGAAAAAGUCAAGGGGUCUGAAUACUUUCUGAAUUCAUUGUAAAUGGUUAGCUGUAUCCGUGUCACGAAACCGAAUGUAAUCUCGCAAAACCUCCGGGUGUUUGUACAAGGUUAAUAAAAGUGUACAGUUGAACAAAAAAUUAAGAUUCCUGUCGAGAAAGGCAUAUCUAUAAUCUCAAAAACAUUUAAAAACAGAUUUUAUCCAGGGUCUUCCAUUCUUACGGUUAGCCUAGUAUUGUCAUUUUUUAACUGGAAAACACUCGCUUCUUCGACAUAUGUCCACACACAUAAGGCUGUAAUUAAUUUCGGAUGGCAGGUACAGGAACAAUGCUCAACUAGGAUGCUGUCUGUAUACAGCAUCCUAGUUGCGAUUUGAAACUGCUUAGGACUAUGUAACAUGUCCCAUAACCCUGUUCAUGUAUUUGUAACUGUCUAUGUAACUGUCUAUGUCUAUGUAACUGCCUAUGUCUAUGUAACUGCCAUUUAAACACAUGGGUUUUAUUUAGCGCCACUAAAAAAUACUGGACUGAAAAGUUGUUGCAAAGUUUAUCUAAAACUGUGGGACGCAUACAGAACCACUCAUCAUAUAUUCCUGCCUCCAUCAGUCCAUAAAUAAAAUAGAACCCUCAACAUAA